AUGCACAUCGCUGAGACGCUCGGGAUAUCUGAAAACAAGCUGUGGGGAAAAUUGAGAGACCACUUUCCUGAGGAACAGAAGUCCAUCCGGGCUGAAGCCAAGGAUAGCACAGAGUUCUUCGGGUUCCUGAAUUUCAUCGAAAUGAUCAUGGCAAAGUUCUGCCAAAGCCACGAACCGAAACAGACGAGAGGAGCCACCAACGAAGCCGCCAUCAUGCAACGCAACGUUCCGACGAUCAAGAAAUUCCUCGCAGAGAUGCACGAAGGAUCCUCUUUGGGCGAGUUCGAUGACGCAGAUGGACUGGAGCAGACGGACGUGUUCUUGAGCCAGAUUCUCAUCGACGCAGUCAUUACGACCGCUCUCAUCGCCAAUAAGGCCAAGGACAUUGCGUGCUAUAGCGGCGAACGCUCCAACAAGGUCACGAAAGUGCUGGACGUGCAGGCAGCAGAGUCGCUUUCGUACCAUCGCCGCGCGCAAGCCAGCGACGUGCUGACCUGGCACCUGGCCCAACCGUUCGUCGACUAUCCCGACGCAGGACUCUGCAGCACGAUCUGCGCUCUGUUCGUAAGGUCUCUCGUUGUGCGCAUCAACUCCAUCCUCGGCUCAUGCCAGAAGAAAGCAUUCAAGGAACUCUCAAAGUGUGAGACCAGAAUGACACUUAAACUCAAGACCGCCAACCCGUUGAGAAGUCGAGCAGACCUGGCCGAGUUCAAGGCGCUUGACGACGCAGCGCUGAGCAAGCCGCAAGCUCUAGCCCUGGCACGCAAGUCUCAUGCGGCGAGCAUCGCAGCUAUCAAAAAGACACACGGCGGUAAGCUCACGCAGACACCGGAGGGCAUGAUUGCACCAUCCCCGGAUCCCGAAUUCCUAGCCAAACAUAACCCCAUCCUCUGCGGUAUAAGACUCUUGAGCUUCAAGCAUGCCAUCGAGACUGCAGGGAUUACAAUCGCGAACAACCAUCUCUCGAUCAUGCAAGCCGCUACCAUGGUCAACGUCAUGCACCAGAUGCGUUAUGUGACGAUCGAGUGGUCGGACCUAGAUCGUGCCAUGAGCCUGCAGACGAGCAACGUCUUCAUAGGAACCAUUCCGACCACCCCUGCCCUGGCCCACAAAGUGUACAUUCGUCGAUCUGAAUUUUCGCUCGCCGGGUUCGAGCAGAUGAGACGCGGUCUGUUCCCAGAAGACGUGCCCCUCCACCGCCCGGGCUACGCCUACCCCAUGCGAAUCAGCCCAGACGGUCUGAAAGUGACGGAGGCGACGGCCAUCUUCGACAAGCUCUACGACGGCACCGAGACGAUGCUUCGUACAGUGUAUGCUCUCAAGACCGAGGCAGAGAAGCGCCAGAGCAAGGAUGUCCCAUUCACAGUCAAGGAUAAUACCAACACCAGUGAGACCACCGAGAGCAAGGCGAAGACGAAGGGCAAGACCACCGCACAUCGCGAGCAAUACCAAUCGCAAGAAAGACGGAAAAGGACCCACAGCUUACGCUUACGACGCCUCGAUCGUGCCAUUUCUCACCACGUUGGCCCCCUUCCUCGCGCAGACCAUCGCCGACGCCUCCCUCGACUGGAUCACCCUAACAACCCAAUGUAA